UCAUUACUCAAAUAUCCCAGAUUGAACAAGUUUACUCCGGAGAGGAAUGCUUGAAUUAAAGGCCUUUCACUUCUAAAGAUCUAAAAAUUAAUCGAUACCAGAGAGCACUAACCCGUAACCAUUGCAGAUAGAGUAUCCGGCCAUCUUGUUUACAUUGGUGACAGCGCUGUAAGGUUUUGUGCUUGCGUGCAGUUUCGCUUAUUGAGCAUUUAAAGAUAAUAACUAGUGCAGUGCAGUUACGUUUAUCGUAUUACAUUAUAGCCCUACCUCUAAAAUCAAGCCAUGGCUUCUGCAGGAGAUGAUUAUGAUAUUGAUGAACUGACGAAGAAACUGAAAAGUUUCGCCUUGACGCAGACCAAAAAGGAUGAUAAAAUGGACAGCAAAACUUGUGGUAAAAUGGCAAAGGAAUGCUGGCCUAAGGCGUUACAGACUAGAAUAGAUUCCAGCGUCUUCCCCAAAGUCAUGAACAAAACGACCAAAUCUAUUGACCUUAACAAUAAGGACCAGAUCAAACAGUUCAUUUCAGAGGCUGCUAUCCAGUAUGAUGACGUCACCAAGAAAACUAAAGAAUUCAAAAAACACGAGAAAUUCUUGGCAGAAAAAAUCAUCAAAGGAGACACAGGAAUCAAGAAAGCGGCGACCUCGUCUACUGGAGGCGUAGACAGAAUGACGGACACUUCUAAGUACACAGGGGCACACAAGGAAAGGUUUGACGAGUCGGGGAAGGGCAAGGGGGCGUCCGGACGGGUAGACAAGGCGGAUAACUCUGGAUACGUGGGUAACUACAAAGGGGAGGGAAGUUACGGCAAGAAGUGAGUUGUCAGCGGAGGUUCACCUUCAACGCUGGAAGACCUUAAUUUAUUUUACAUAAAAAUAUACAUAUAUGGAUAUUAUUCUUAGUGUAACUUUGUGUGUUUGUUGGUAGUUUUUCACAGGCCUCCACAACCCUGUUGUGAGUUUUAUACAUUAAGCUAUACUGUUGUUAUAUUUUCGUAUAAUGCAGCAUUGAUUUCAUUGUCUCCUUUAUAAAGCAAUGUCAAAAAUACAUAGUUAUACACAUGUAAUUAAAACCAGAAAUAUAUAAUUUUCUGUGCAAUAUAAAAGUUUGUGUGUAAACGUGAAGAUCGUUAUUUUAUUUUGUGAUUUAUUAAACAAACCAAUGCGUUUUCCGUCCAAAUAAGUUUUAUUCACCGCAUCGUCCAGAAUAUUUUGUUUACGUUUAAUAGUUAUAUAUACUUUCUGUUAUUUAAAUAUCUGCAAUAUAUAAAUGUCAUUGUUCUGUGUUUGUCAAGUGCGUCUUUAAACUGCUGUAUUAUAUGAGAGCCUUGUUCAUGUUUACAUUUUAUGCACUUGAGUAAAUCGAUAAUGCAAAUCAA